GUUGAAUGAUAUAAUAUAAUGGGUUGUUCAGAGCUGGGUAGUCGUUGAUAAGCUAUUUGUGUCCAUCUAAUUCGAAGUGAAAGGGAGAAGAAAGUAAAAUAAUAAAGAGGUUGAGAAUAAGUGCACUCAUUAUUUUGAGUUAAAAAUCCAAAAUCUCCUGCAAACACUCACUGGAGUAGUUCGGAUCUGUUUUCAGAAAUAGAUACUUGAAGCUCAAAAGUGAGAUCGGAGAUGCUUGACGGUAUACUAACCCGUGGUUUCAGCUCCAAAUGCAAAUCGCUAGUAAAGGCUACAAGGACGAGAAUCGAGGUGGUGAGACGGAGAGCUGAGUCGAAACAGAGGUUUUUGAAGGAAGAUCUUGCCAAAUUGCUUGAUAAUGGACUCGAUAUUAAUGCUUAUGGAAGGGAAAAGGUCUCGGGGAAGAUGAUUGGCAGUGCUAGAGAAUCAAUAGGUCUUUAUUUUCUUGACAACGGGAACAACUCACUACAACUGAAUCCUAUUUGUUUGAACUCUACUUUUGUUUUGAAUAAAAUCAUGCUUUGGCACUAUAGGCUUGGACAUCCAAGUUUUUAUUAUUUAAGACACUUGUUACCUCAGUUAUUCAAAAAUAAAAAUCCAUCCUUAUUUCAAUGUGAAUUUUGUGAAAUGGCUAAGCAUCACAGUUCUUCUUUUCCUUCUCAAAAGUAUCAGGCUUCAAAACCUUUUACAAUGAUUCAUAGUGAUGUAUGGGGACCAUGUAGAAUUUCAACAAUGUUUGGAAAACAGUGGUUUGUAACUUUUAUUGACGAUCAUACUAAAUUGAGUUGGGUUUUUUUAUUGAAGGACAAAUCUGAGGUUAAAAAUGUAUUUGAGACUUUCUAUGUCAUGGUAGAAACCAGUUCAAUGAGAAAAUCAAGAUUUUUCGGAGUGACAAUGGCCGAGAAUUUUUUUAAUGAACAAUUAGGGAAUUUUUUCAGAAAAACUGGGGUAGUACACCAAAGCUCUUGUCCGGAUACACCUCAACAAAAUGGGAUCGCUGAAAGAAAGAAUAGACACCUUUUUAGAGGUAACGAGAGCUUUAAUGUUUACUAGUAAAGUUCCUCAAUAACUUUGGGGAGAGACUCUUUUGACUGCCACUUACCUUAUUAAUAGGAUGCCAUCUCGUCCUCUUGAAUUUAAGAUACCUUUAAAGUUUUUAGAGAAAGUUUUCCUAGUUCUAGGUUAACUACAGAUCUGCCUCUGAGAGUUUUUGGUUGUACACCAUUUGUUCAUGUUCAUAAUCGUAGAAAACUUGAAUUGCGGGCUAAGAAGUGUAUUUUUGUAGGAUAUGCCCCAAGUCAUUCAAAAGGGAUAUAAGUGUUAUGAUCCACAUGCUAGGAAGAUAAUUGUCACAAUAGACCUAACUUUCUUUGAGUUACAACUCUAGUUUACUACUCAUCUUUAGGGGGAGUAUCAUGUAGGUGAAGAUUCAUUUUUUUGUGAUAUUGAGGAAACUAGAUAUCAAGCAAAUGAUGAGCCUAAUAUUACAAUAAAUACUAAUGUGAGAGAUGUAGGAAAAGAUAUAGAUAAGUGUCAUCCAAGAGAUGACAAGGACCAAAGUGACUUGAAUGAUAAAAACUCAGAAAUUGAAACCUGAACCUGUAGCGCCUUCAAAUGACAAAAAUAAAAAUGGAAAUAGAGAAUAAAAAACAGAAAUGCAGGUGUAUUCGAGAAGGAACAAAACCCAAGAAAAAAGGGCCGAAGAUUCUCAACAUUGCCAAAAAUCAGUCCCACAAGACCUUAUUGUAAUUCAAGACUGAAGAAUUUUUGCUUGGGCUGAACCUCUUGUCCUGCUAUGACUUUGUGGAACAAUCUUGUGAAUAUAUUUUGAAGCAGCUCUCCGACAUGCAGAAACUAAGGGGCUGUCCUGAGAACUGCAGAGAAGCUGUGGCAUCAUUGAUGUUUGCUGCAGCAAGAUUCUCCGAUUUACCAGAAUUACGAGAGCUAAGGGAUUUAUUUCAGGAGAGAUACGGGAACUCUUUAGAAUGUUUUGUUAACCAGAAGUUUGUGGAGAAAUUAUCUUCAAGCCCCCCUGCAGUGGAGAAGAGAAUUCAGCUGCUGCAAGAUAUAGUGGUAGAAUUUUCCAUAAGGUGGGACUCCAUGGGAUUUCAAAAGAGGAUGGCAUUUGCACAGGCUCAACCAAACAGGAGUGGACUUUCACAUGCUUCUGCUGGCAACCACAUUCUACCAAAUGGCAAGGAUGGUGGUUUAAAAGCUGAUAAACUUGACGUUGCACUUGGUGAAAGGCACAAGGGAUUGAAUGAUCAACAUAAUAUAAAGAAUGGCAGAGAGGGUGUUGUCUUGAAAAAAGAGCAGCAGGAUCUUCAUUCCUCUGAAGGAAAAGAAUCAAACAAGGAUAGAAAUAAACAUCUUACAAAGCAGGAAACAUGCUAUUCAGUGGGGCGAAAACAUGAUAUCUUGUUUGACGAGGAGGAACAGACAAGGAUAAGAAACAAAGCAGUCAUGGAGAAAGAUGAUAAUUCAACAAGGAUAGCAAAAUCAGGCAACUCAUCACAUGGAGAGAGGCUAGAAGGUUUUGAUUAUAAAUUUACUAGAAACAAUGAAAAUCAUGGUCAAAUUCUUACAGGAAGAGUACCGGACACUCUAUCUUGUGCAAGAUCAGAGACUGCUCCUAGUAGGGGACUCCCUUUCAGAAAUGAAGAUGUCACUUCUGCUCGGGACACAGCCAUUGAAAAGAAUACUGUCAACUCAAAAAAAAUGGUUCAGCAGGACGCUGGAAAUAGGUUAAUGACAUCCUAUGCCAAGUUUGCUCUCCCUCCACCAUACAGUAAGUGCAAAGAGAAAGCCAUCCCUCCUCCAUAUGUAAAGCGAAAAGAUAGCAAGGAAAGAGGCCUCAAAGGUUCUAAGCAGUGUGCUUCUGAAUUUGAUGGCCAUUUCAGAAGUUCCUCUCCAUCCAAUAGAGUUGAAACAAUUAAGAUCACUAAAGAAUCAGACCUUUCUGAUCAUGUGGCUCAAACUAAUAAACCCACUAGAACAAAUAGUCAUGGUCAUGAUAAAGAAUUCUCUCACAAGGAUGUGAUUUUGCCCAAACCAAGAUCUGUUAGGAGAAAGCACCAUAAAUCAGCUACUAAUAAUCACGGUGAAGUAGAUAAGUCUGAAGAUGCCAGAGGAGCCAAGAGAAGUUCAAGUAGCCGGCGAAGGGAACAUUCAAGGAAAGGCUUGCAGAUUUUGUUUGAGGAUGAACGCCAUAGAAAAGAUGAAGAGGAAAGAAUGAUAGAUAAACUAUUGCUGCAUUACAGUAAAAGACCAUCAAAGUAUGAUGUGAGAAAAAAGCCACAAGCUCUGGCAACUCCUGAUACUGGUGAAUUCUCAAAUAAUCAAACCAAUGGAGAUCAGGAUAAAAUGGAAUCAGAUAUGGUUCUUUUCCCCAAAAGAUCUAUUUCCCUCCCACACGAGCAGGCUUCUCCAUCGAAGGCAACACCUAUAUUUGCUCGUGCCAAUUCAUUUCAGCCCGACAACCAGGCAUGUCAUGUGCAUCCCAAACUACCAGAUUAUGAUGAUUUGACUGCCAGAUUUGCUUCUCUAAGAGGCUGAUAAAUUUUAUAAUAGAUUAAACUUGACGAGUGUUUGCUCCAGUGUGUGUUACCUCUUCACAUUCAUUUACACGGCUGAUUCUUGCCCUAAGCUGUUUACUGACUGUAACCUGUAACCUUUAUUUACUUGACAACCUGUACCCAUACAUAUUUAGCAUGAGGUUCUCAUAGGCAUAGGUUUUUAAAUACUGCAUGUAGGAGCCUAGGAGGCAUAUUCUGUAAUAUGACAUGUCAUGAGGUGAGUAGGGGUGACAAUUGUGUGGAU